AUGAAGAUCAUUCAAGCGUCAUUGUGUUUGAUCAGUCUUCUCCUAGUCUUGCCUUCGAUCUUCGCUGCUUCUUCAUCCUCUGAAGAUUUCGAUUUCUUCUACUUCGUCCAACAAUGGCCAGGAUCAUACUGUGACACACAGAAGAGUUGUUGUUAUCCAACCACUGGCAAACCAGCUGCUGAUUUUGGGAUUCAUGGUCUCUGGCCUAACUACAAAGAUGGCACUUACCCAUCUAACUGCGACCAGUCUAAACCAUUCGAUAAAUCAACGAUAUCGGAUUUGAUCAAGUCGAUGCAGAAGAGCUGGCCUACACUGGCUUGCCCGAGCGGCUCAGGCGAUGCCUUUUGGGAGCACGAAUGGGAGAAACAUGGUACUUGCUCAGAAUCGGUUAUCGACCAACAUGAGUAUUUCCAAACCACUCUUACCCUUAAGCAGAAAAGCAAUCUCCUUGGAGCUCUAACAAAAGCCGGGAUUAAUCCGGAUGGAAAUUCGUACAGUUUAGAGAGCAUAAGGGACGCGAUCAAAGAGUCAACGGGUUUCACUCCUUGGAUUGAGUGUAACAGAGGUGGGUCUGGCAAUAGCCAGUUGUACCAAGUCUACCUCUGUGUUGACCGGACUGGUUCCGGUUUAGUCGAAUGUCCGGUUUUCCCUCAUGGAAAAUGUGGAGCCGAGAUCGACUUCCCGUCUUUUUAA